AUGGCCGACCGAAAAGCCGUCAUCAAGAAUGCAGACAUGGCGGAGGACAUGCAACAGGAUGCCAUCGACUGCGCAACGCAGGCCCUGGAAAAGUACAACAUUGAGAAGGACAUUGCGGCAUUCAUCAAGAAAGAGUUCGACAAGAAGUACAACCCCACCUGGCAUUGCGUUGUUGGUCGCAAUUUUG